AUGUCUCAAAACUCAAAUAAUUCAUAUUUGUUUACUUUGACAACAACGUCAGCAUCAUUUUUUACAUCAGUAACGUCAACAACAUCUUCACCAUUAGCAAUUACAACUUCACCCUCGCCAUCAACGUUAAGGUUAACAUCUUCACCAUCACCAUCACCAUCAUCAUCAUCAUCAUCAUCAUCCAACAAAGUGAUUUCAUCCGACAAUGUUUCUCAAAUAAUUACAUGGAUCUUGAAUCAUAUAUCAUUUUAUGGAUUACGAGUAUUGCUUCAGCUCGAGACUCAAUUUCCGAUAAUAGGAUCAGCUGCAUCUUCAUCUAAACGAUUGGAUUUUUUUUGCGACAAUGAUAAAUACAGCCUGUAA